AAUGCAAUGACAUAAUAAACAACAGUAGAAAAUGGGUCAAGCUCAAUAUAAAACAACCUAUUCAUUCAGUAAAUGGUUCGAUGUCGACUAAAUAGAUAAAGAGGUCAUUAAAUAUCUAUAGUUUGAUGAAAUUCUUUGUCUUCCCAGCUGUUGACAGAUUACACAGGCAGUAAACCAAAAUGGAGUUGGACCUAGAGGAGAAGAAGAAAAUGUUGGCCAAUCUUGAACAGGUUCCUGAGCCAGAGUUUGAAGGAGUUUCGUAUCCAUCGUUUAUUCCGUUUAGGAAAAAAGGAGCCAAGAACGUUAUUGAAGAUAUAAUGAAUGUCAAAUCUAGAGAUUCAGAUAUAAUACUCUGCACGUAUGCAAAGUCAGGAACACAUUGGACUUAUGAAAUUGUUUAUAUGUUACUGAGAAACACGACAGAAUUAGACAAAAAAAGCAAAAUACAAGUCAUGUUAGAAGCAGUUGAUGAUUUGUCUGUGUUAAACAGCGUUCCAUCACCAAGGAUUAUGGACACGCAUUGUCUAUUCAAAUAUAUACCUAAGCAACACAGAGAAAACAAGGGCAAAAUUGUCCACAUGAUUCGAAAUCCUAAAGAUGUAUGUGUUUCAUAUUAUUACCACUGUUUAAAAGAUAUUUUUGUCAACUUUGAUGGAACGUGGGACGAAUUUUUAGAAUUGUUUAUGUCUGGAAAACUGCCUUAUGGAACAUGGUAUAACUAUGAGUUAGAAAUAGAACGAGCAGCGAGAGACUUUCCUGGGAUGAUUUUUACCUGUUGUUAUGAAGAUAUGAAACAGGAACCUGUUAGAGAGAUAAAGAAACUUGCAGAUUUUCUUGGUAUAGCAUGUUCAGAUGACACCUUAGAAAAGAUUGCUAAAAAAACAUCAUUUGAGAAUAUGCAGAAAAACAAAUUUGAUUUCACCCAGAUUGUAGAUGGCAAAGGAUUUAUAUUUCGAAAAGGUGAAAUAGGAGAUUGGAAAAACCAUUUUACGGUCGCACAAAAUGAAAAAUUUGAUGCUCAGUUUAAAGAAGAAAUGAAAGACAGUAAAUACAAGAUAACCUUUGAAUAACAUACUGUGUAUGACAUUCGCAAAUGAAAUUGGAAGGCUAUUUAGUUCCAAACUGUACAUACUUGUAUACAAAGCGGCCAAAAAUUGUACAAUCGAGAUGUUACAGCAAGAUUAAUAAAUAAAGUGUAUCAUGUAGUU